AUGACAGAAGGUCGCCGGGCAGGAUACCGGAUGAGUGCCCUCGUCGAGGUCAGUGAGACCGAAGAAGCCGGAGAAGUCACCGCAGAAGGCAUUGUUCGCAAGCGAUCAACAUCUACCCAACGAGCAAGGCCCCGACCUCAUUCCAUGCGUUCGUCGUCAAGUGCCAGUUCUAAUCGCACGGCCCUUCCCGCGUUACAGGUUUCAUCUGGAGAGACUGCCGCGUAUACCCAACCUGCUCUCCCCAAUGCAUAUACCUUGUCUAAAACGACCGAUCUUCCCACUGCUGUUGCAGACCUCACCAAGGCCGGGCCAGCCCAGACCAUGACUUCGCUGUCCAUCAUUCGGGGCGGGCCCUCGUCGCGCAUGCGUCGCAUUUCGCUAUCUCUGUCCCUCAACAGUUCGGCAUCUUCUCUCAGCGGCUUAUCGUCCCGCAACCCAUCACUCAGCUCGCUCGGCUCGCGCUCCAUGCUUGGUCUCGGCUCGUCGGCAUCUAUCCCUCUCGCCGUGCGGCUUGCGGAAAUCGAAGGUGCUCUCGGACUCACCACGCGCGUGUCCUCGCCCCGCAAAGUAGGAAGCUCCCAAGUUCUCGUCCAAGUUCACGCUGUCGCACUCGACGCCUUGGACGCCAUCAUUGUCAGCAAACGCCUUGCCAAGGGAGGCUACGGCUUUGUCCCUGGUCGGAGCUUUGUCGGCCGCGCAGUUGAAUGUGGGUUUGAAGUGGGUAACGUCAGCCGAGGCGACUGGGUUAUCGGCCUAACAGAAAUCCGUAAAUGCGGCGCCUUGUCCGAAUAUGUGGUCAUUGACAAGAGUCGACUGUGUGCUGUUCCUCGGCCCACCGACCGAUUGACGACGACCCAGUGUGCGCUAUUGCCGUUGUGCGCUGUACCCGCACAUCGUGCUGUACGCACCAUUCCGAACAGCGCGACCAAGACCGGAGCGGAUGGACAACGGCGACCGAUGAAGGUUCUGGUUCUGCAAGCGCAUGACGGAGCAGGUCUGUGUGCAGUGCAAAUUAUGCGACAACUCGGGAUGCACGUCACCGCUCAAGUUCCAAUUGGUUCUGAGAAUGUUAAUUUCGGGACCGGGCCUACUUUGGGUCUCAAGGUGCGCGGACGGACUCGGGCGGGGAAAGGUCGCGAGGUCGAGCCUCCGAGGAGUACAAAGCGGAUGGGAGAGGUCCAAGUAGUCGUAGGAGACGAUCCGGUCGAGGUGAUUGGGCGACUGGAAGAGAGCGUUUAUGAUGCCGUGGUCGAUACCGUAGGUGGACGAAAGGUAUGGGACGCAUGUAGGCGAGUCAUGUGCAGCGAUGCCCACUUCACAACCCUCGUAGGCGACUCGACCGAUAGCAUUCCCUCAAUCAACGCCCAUGUUCGUUCCUCGUUCCGCUCUCUCGCCCGCGCAUGGGCACGUAGGGACAAGGGCCUCGGAUACCAAUGGGUCUCGCCCGCGGCCGACCUCGACCACGAAGGCGAAGACAUCCGACACUCGCUCAACGCCGUUUCCGAUGCUGCCGUCCACGCAGCGUACGGUUCCAAUUCCCACUCGGACGAAGGCAAUCGAAGGAAUUUUGCCCCGCGUUGCGUGCUCGUUCCCGCUCGACCGUGCGCAACAUGCAUUUGA